UAGCCGUUUCUUCGCAGCGGUGUCAUGGCGGCGACGCGCAGCUCGCGGCUGGCGGUGAAAUCGGACAGCGGCUCUGACCGCUCCGACUCAGAGUCGGACUCUGAGUCCGAAAAGGGUGCCCGCGAAGCCGAACCCAUGGAGGUGGAGCAGAGCGAGCUGGAGGCUGAAGACAUCUCCAUCAACCGAUCGGUGAAGCCUCUGCUGCCGGAUACGGGCAGGCGCUAUGAGAACAAAGCAGGAGCAUUCAUCACUGGGAUUGAUGUCAAUUCAAAGGAGGCGAUUGAGAGGAAAGAGAAGCGAGCGAGGCGUUUCCAUUUCCAUGGGGAGGUGAGCACCACUCAGCGGAACAUUUUCCUGGAUAAAGAUGCCGUUAAGAAAGCCAUCCCCAAAGUGCGUAUGGAGGCCGUCCACAUCAUGGGUGUUGAUGACAUGAGCACACAGGACAUCUUUGGGUACUUUAAGGAAUAUCCCCCUGCGCACAUUGAGUGGAUUGACGACACUUCCUGCAAUGUGGUUUGGCUCGAUGACAACACGGCCAUCAGGGCGUUCAUCAACACCAGUCGCAUGCCCGACCCACACGAUGUCAUCACAAAUACGGAGAGCGACACCCAGACGGACAAGCCCAGCAAAAGUCGUCGAGGGUCAGAUGACGGCGACGAAGAAGAAGAGGCGGAGGUGGAUGAUGAGGUGAAGAAGAGCAACGAGGAAAGCGUGAAAGACAGCGAAGGGGAAGAGGAACACGCGUUGGAGGCUGGUCAGGGGAACGACUUGUCACGGGCCGAGAGAGAAUCGCUGCUGAAGAAUGACUUGCGUCCUGCCAUCAAGCCCUUUAAAGGAAACAAGAUCCUUCUUCGCUUUGCCACCGAAGAUGACAAGAAGGAGCUGGGUGCCGCCCGGCGCAGUCGGUACUACAUGAAGUAUGGAAAUCCCAACUACGGAGGCAUGAGGGGAAUUCUCAGCAACUCCUGGAAGAGAAGGUUCCACAACCGGCGCGGCCAGCGAGACGGCAAGAGCAAGAAACCUCUCAUUGGAGACAGCAUGGGACACACUCCACCAUACACACAUCGACAUUCCGCCGACCUGGUCAACCUGCCCGAGGAGCCCAUCAAGGAGGAGGAGGAGGAAGAGGACGAGGAAGACUACGGCGACGAGGACAUGGACUCGGAUGACCGAGUGGUAGAGUUCAAAGAGAAAGGAAACAAGGUCGCCCCGUCCUCGCGGCCUCAACUGACCGGGCCCCGGAGCAGGCUGCAGCGCUCGCCGUCCCCGUGGUCUGAAUCGGACGAGAUGGACUACGAUCUGGAGCUGAAAAUGAUCUCAACGCCAUCGCCUAAAAAGAGCAAGAAGAUGACCAUGUACGCAGAUGAGCUGGAAGGGCAGCUGAAGAGCAUCAGAAACAGGGUAGGAGGGUCGGCAUCACAAAGCAGAGCCAAGUCUCCGUCACCCACCAAGGUGACUGACGUGCGUCAGCUGCUCGAGGAGAAGAGACAGGGGCUGUCUCAGCAUAGACAGCACCCCCCAGCAGUCAACAGCGGGAAAACAGAUGUCCGACAGCGGCUUGGGAAGAGGCGCUACUCACCCGAAAGGGGCCGCUCCGACUCUCCCGUCUCCCCGAGAGAUACGCCUCCCCCCGCCAGAGAAGCAGUCAGUGACGUGCACCGUCGACUGGGCGUUGCCAGCGGGGACAGAGGCCACUCAUCCAAGUCAUCCAAAGACAGAAAGACAAGCAACCUAUGGAGCCGACUGGGCGACAAAGAGGAAAAGACGGGAAGUCGCGAGCCUGAGCCAAGGGGCGGGUCGUCUGGGAUGUUCUCGUCUUCGCGCCGCAGCAGGAGACGCCGAGGUAGCAGAACGGAGAAGGAAGGCGUGGAAGAGGAUGACUCCACGCUGCAGAAGGUGUGGGGCGCCAUGAUCAAGAAGAAGCAGGAGCGUCUCAGCCACAAGAUGAAGAAGAGCCGGCUGGACAACCUGCCGUCGUUGCAGAUUGAGAUCAGCCGGGACAGCAGCGAGGACUCGGACGCUUGAGACAAAUGUACUUUUUAAUGAUCAUCAUGAUUUCAUCUUUGGCACAUAGUCAUUAUAGUUCCUGGAUGGAUCACUGGGAGGAUCUCCUUGGCACCACAUGCUAUGGAAUGUCCAACUGGCUCACCUGUGUCACGUGCUUUCUCUUAAAAUAGAGCGUCCAAAAUUUGCUUUUGGGUGACAUUCAACAUUACUUUUGUAUUUUGAAUUCUGUUUCUUUUUUGAAGAACUCUGUACAGGUAACAUGGAACAAUGUCGUUUUAAAGACAAGACCAUCCCCCAGCAAUGUUUUUUUUUUUAUGACAGGAGGUUAAUCAGCAAACACUUUGAUAAGUAAUCACUUUAAAUGUCAUGUGAAGCUUCUCAAAGGGGACCUAGUGUUUAAUUUUAUAAUCAUUAAUUUGUCGUGUGUGUCCGUGGAACAGCAACAAGGCCAGUUGUAGACCUAAUACACAUGAGGCCAGCCAUGCAAUUAAAAAAAAAUCAUGAAUAAAACCUCAAAUGAACUGUUACAAAAA